CAAUCCCGGAGGAGGCGGCGCCGUCCCGGCCGCUCGGGGCUCCGAGUGUGGCCGGCGCGGGCUGGGAGCCGGAGAAGCCGGCGGAGCCGGGUAGCAGGCGAGGCCGGGCCAUCGGGGGGCGCCGCCGCAGAGAAGAAAUAUGGCAGAGCUCUCGGAGUUAGAAGGACCAGUCGAUUGGAAGGAGCGAUGCGUAGCUCUGGAGUCCCAGCUCAUGAAGUUUCGAGUUCAGGCAAGCAAGAUCCGCGAGCUCUUAGCAGAGAAAAUGCAACAGUUGGAGAGACAAGUUAUCGAUGCCGAACGUCAAGCAGAAAAGGCUUUUCAACAGGUACAAGUUAUGGAAGAGAAACUAAAGGCAGCUAAUAUUCAAACCAGUGAGUCAGAGACUCGGCUGUAUAAGAAGUGUCAAGACCUGGAGUCUGUAAUGCAGGAGAAGGAUGACAUCAUUCAGAACUUGGAGCUGCGGCUUGAAGAGCAGAAACAAAUGAGACUACAAGAAGCUAAAAUAAUAGAAGAAAAAGCUGCCAAGAUCAAAGAAUGGGUAACAGUUAAGCUAAAUGAGCUGGAAGUGGAGAAUCAGAAUCUUCGUUUCAUCAACCAAAACCAAACUGAAGAGAUAAGAGCAAUACAGUCACAAUUGCAAGAACUCCAAGGGAAGAAGAUCUCCUGUGUCUCCACACCGAAGCUCUCAGAGGGGCAGAGCCUGAGCGGUUUGACAUUUGGAUGCUUCUUGUCCCGAGGGAAGAGUCCUCCUCAUGAAGUCCGAAGCGAGGAAGUGAGCAAGAUGGCAUCUAAAGAACCCGAGUUCACCGAAGGAAAAAGGGGCGAAGAGAUGGAAAUUGCAGAGAAGCCUGCUGAUAACCAAAUCCAAGAAAAGAGAAACCAGAGAAAGUUGCACGAGACCCCUUGCAACUCAGAACAGAACCGCAAAACGAGAGCAAGCUUGGCAGCAGAUGGUGGUACGUCCCAGAAUUCCGGGGCUCCGGGGAGUGACUGGAGUUCUGACGAGGAAGACAGAAGCAAGGGCAGACCCAAGUCCAGGUGCAGGUCCACCCUUUCCAGCCACACGUCUGAGGAGGGCGGUCAAGGUGGCAGGAUGGGCAGCGAAGCGUAUCUCACCGCGUCUGAUGACAGCAGCUCUGUAUUCGAAGAAGAGACUUUUGGCAUUAGCAGGCCGGAGCACAAGAAGCGGUAUUCUUGGCAACAGAAGGCACCGUGGAAAACUCAGAAUAGCUUUUCCAGGGGGCACUCUCAGUCAGGCGUAAAAGAGCAGGACAGUUCCUCCGAUGAACUGAAUAAGAAAUUUCAGUCCCAGAGCCUGGAUUAUUCAUCCUCAUCAAGCGAGACCAACACCCCAAGCCCCAUUUUGACCCCAUCUUUAACCCCCAAACAUCCGAACUCACUCCCUGGAAAAGGGACACAGUUAGUGCCUUCGGCAUGCCUGCCACCCCCUAAGCUAAGGAUCCCCAAUGUUUUCAGUAUAAGUAUGGCGCUCACCAAGAGGCACCUGAGCCAGCCGCAGUUAUGUUCCAACCGGAUGUUUGGCACCAACAGGAAUGCCAUAAGCAUGAUCCGACCGCUGAGACCUCAGGAAACGGAUCUUGAUGUAGUUGAUGGUGACAGCGUGGACGUUGUGGAGAGCAUGGACACAGGUUGCGAUGAUGGGUUAUUUUCCUAUGACUCCCUGGAUCCUCCUCCGUGUGCAGAUGACCAGGAAAGCAACGAGCCCACCAAGAAAGCGUCGUGCAGCAAACCUCCCACGCCUCCUCUGCAUCGCUUUCCCUCUUGGGAAAGCAGAAUAUACGCUGUAGCCAAAUCAGGCAUUCGAAUGUCUGAGGCCUUCAAUAUGGAGAAUACUAAUAAAAAUUCUGCAACCAUACUUUCCUGCUCUGCAUCAGGCCUUUAUACAUCCCUGAUAUACAAGAAUAUGACGAUCCCAGUGUACACAACGCUGAAGGGGAAGGCGACACAAAUAAGUAGCAGUCCUUUCCUGGAUGAUUCCUCUGGCUCGGAGGAAGAGGACAGUUCCAGGUCCAGCUCCCGGACGUCGGAGUCAGAUACGCGCAGCCGCAGUGGGCCCAACAGUCCCAGAGCCAUGAAGCGAGGCGUCUCUGUCUCUUCCGUGGCUUCUGAAAGCGACUACGCCAUCCCACCUGAUGCCUAUUGCGCCGACACGGAGUGCUCUCAGCCUGAGCAGAAGCUCCCUAAAACCUGCUCCUCCUCCAGUGAAAGUGGGAAAAAUGAACCAUUAGAAAAAUCUGGCUACCUACUAAAAAUGAGCGGGAAAGUCAAGACUUGGAAGAGGAGGUGGUUUGUCCUGAAAGGCGGUGAAUUACUUUACUACAAGUCUCCAAGUGAUGUAAUUCGGAAACCUCAGGGCCACAUUGAACUCAGCGCAUCCUGCAGUAUUGUUAAGGGAGAUAACAAGCAAACAGUCCAGCUGACCACCGAGAAGCACACGUACUAUCUGACUGCAGAUUCUCCCAACAUCUUGGAAGAAUGGAUUAAAGUGCUACAGAAUGUUCUGCGAGUGCAAGCUGCCAAUCCCCUCUGCCUGCAGCCUGAGGGCAAGCCAACAGCGAAGGGAUUGCUCACCAAGGUAAAACAUGGCUACUCUAAGAGAGUCUGGUGUACGCUUGUUGGGAAGACCUUGUAUUAUUUCCGCAGUCAAGAGGAUAAGUUUCCUCUAGGUCAGAUCAAACUCUGGGAGGCUAAGGUGGAGGAGGUGGACAGGUCCUGUGACUCAGAUGAAGACUACGAAGCCAGUGGACGGUGUCUCUUAUCCACUCACUAUACCAUCGUUAUCCACCCCAAAGACCAAGGCCCAACAUACCUGCUGAUCGGAUCCAAGCAUGAAAAGGACACUUGGCUUUAUCAUCUCACUGUCGCAGCCGGAAGUAACAGUGUCAAUGUUGGAUCCGAAUUUGAACAGCUGGUUUGCAAACUGCUAAAUAUAGAGGGAGAGCCUUCCUCCCAGAUAUGGAGACAUCCCACGCUGUGUCACAGCAAAGAAGGAAUCCUGUCUCCUCUGACCACACUGCCUUCGGAAGCUCUGCAGACAGAGGCCAUUAAGCUAUUUAAGACCUGCCAACUUUUUAUAAACGCUGCGGUCGACUCCCCUGCCAUUGACUACCAUAUCUCUCUAGCUCAGAGCGCUUUGCAGGUCUGCCUGACACACCCUGAGCUACAGAAUGAGAUUUGCUGUCAGCUUAUUAAACAGACAAGACGAAGGCAGCCACAGAAUCAGCCAGGACCGUUGCAGGGCUGGCAGCUCUUGGCACUCUGCGUUGGGCUCUUCCUUCCCCACCACCCUUUCCUGUGGCUCCUCCAGCUCCAUCUGAAGAGGAAUGCAGAUUCCAGGACAGAAUUCGGGAAAUAUGCCAUUUACUGCCAGCGAUGUGUGGAAAGGACACAGCAAAAUGGAGACCGUGAGGCCAGACCCUCGAGGAUGGAAAUCCUUUCAACCCUUCUUCGGAACCCUUACCAUCACUCCCUGCCCUUCAGCAUACCCGUGCACUUCAUGAAUGGGAUCUAUCAGGUAGUUGGGUUCGAUGCGUCCACCACAGUGGAAGAAUUCUUGAAUACCUUGAACCAGGACACUGGAAUGAGGAAGCCGACGCAGUCGGGAUUUGCACUGUUCACUGACGAUCCUUCUGGCAAGGAGCUUGAGCACUGUCUUCAAGGAAAUAUCAAGAUCUGUGACAUUAUAUCUAAAUGGGAACAGGCAUCCAAAGAACAGCAAUCCGGGAAAUGUGAUGGCACAAGAACUGUCCGUCUGACUUACAAAAACAGACUGUAUUUCUCAGUGCAAGCUCGUGGAGAGACUGAUAGAGAGAAGCUGCUUUUGCUGUACCAGACAAAUGAUCAGAUAAUAAAUGGCCUUUUUCCUCUGAACAAGGACCUGGCGUUAGAAAUGGCGGCGCUCUUAGCUCAGGUGGAGAUUGGGGAUUUUGAGAGACCUUUCUCCACUCCAGCCGGGCAUAACCAGUGCAAAGCAAGCCAAAACCUCAAACAAGUCAUCGAGAAAUUUUACCCUAAAAGGUACAGGGAAGGCUGCUCUGAGGAACAGUUACGGCAGCUUUACCAGCGACUCUCCACCAGAUGGAUGGCCCUCCGGGGACACAGUGCGGCCGACUGCGUGCGCAUCUAUUUAACAGUAGCCCGGAAGUGGCCAUUCUUUGGUGCCAAGUUGUUUUUAGCAAAACCCAUAGGACCAUCAUCAUCUGGCAAUACUUUUGUGUGGCUGGCUAUCCACGAAAAUGGAUUAAGCAUCCUAGAAUACACCUCCAUGAGGUUAGUGGUCAGCUAUGUGUACAAGAGCCUGAUGACGUUUGGAGGGUGUCAAGACGACUUCAUGGUAGUCAUUAACACUCAUGCAAAAGACAGACCAACAGAGAAGUUACUUUUUGCCAUGGCAAAACCCAAGAUUCUUGAGAUCACCCUUCUGAUUGCCAGUUACAUCAACAACUUCUAUCAGCAGAAGGCAGCCCUCCACCACCUCUCUGCCCCCGCCCUGCUCUCAGCCAAGACACAGGGACCCCACGCCAGGGCCAUGGGAAGCCAGCCCCUCCUGUCGAACAGCAGACCCACCAAAGGCCCCACUUUACUCUGAAAGCUCCUGAGUCUGAACCUUCACUCCUCAGCCAUGAAGUGGCUGCAUCAGCGACUAACAAGUGUCUGACGCACUGCCUGCCAGUCCGGCGCGCACCCCAGCCCCCCAGACGUUAGCAGCAACACGUUACUCUCUUAACUGACCCCUAAAUAUUCAGAUAACAAUAAAGCGUAACGUGCCAGCAUACUCAUCGUGUCUUAGACACAGAUGCCCACCCAUCUCCCUCCUUGGCCAUCAGACUUUGAGCAAUAAGGCUUCUCAUCUUUUGCUUUGAAAUACCCUGGCGAUCUUUUGAAAGGGAGAGUCCAAACUCUCAUUUGGUAAACCGGUUGACUCUCUGGAAAAACUCACUGCCAGAAAUUGUUAAGUACUGUAAUGAAAUGUGCCUUUAGCUAAUGAAGUGGUAUUUGGAAAAGAGUGAAGUUCAGUGUAAGAAUCAGCUGUGGGAACAUGUGCAGGGGGUAGAUUCUUAGAGAAAGAAAGUGCAAUAAAUCUCCUGAGUCUAUGAGGCCUUACAUGAGGAGACAGGUGGGCGCUAACUAGAGCUCCCCUACAGUAUUGCAAAGUGUGGACUCUGCGGCCUCUGCAGAUCACUGGAGUGUGGUAUUUCAAAUGAGGUAGUAAGUCCUGGCACUCCUGCCCAUCAGCACAGCAUAAGAUCACUGGAAUAGUGCCCCACGUUUCACUGUGUUUAAUGCUAGGUCACCUUGACCUUGCUUUGUUAGAAAGAGUACCAAAGAUGCUCCUUAAAGCUAUAUGCACAGUCUUUUCUGAUUAGAGUUUAAAAGUAAAUUCCAGCUGGGUGGUGGUGGCGUGGUGGUGGCGCACACCUUUAAUUCCAGCACCCAGGAAGCAGAGGCUGGGGGAAUCUGUGAGUUCCAGGCCAGCCUGGUGUGCAGAGUGAGUUCCAGGAUAGCCACUGGACUAUCACAGAGACGACACAGAGAACCCCUGUCUCAAAAAAUCAAAAAAUCAAAAAAAAAAAAAAAAGUAAAUUCCAGAGUAAAUUUUAAUAGAAAAUACUUAGGCCAAAGGAAGUAAAUUUUUAGUUGAAAUUGUCUUGGGAUGCCUGUGUGUGUCAGUUAUCCCGUCGCUGUGGCAAAUCCUUCACGGAAACAGCCUAGGGGAGACAGGAUUAUUUUUGCUGUUUGAGAGGGUUCUAAGCAGUUGGGAAGAGCCCCAUGGUAUCAGGAGCAUGUGACCUACGAGGUUUCUUCAACCCGUGAUGGAUAGGAAGCCGAGAGAAAGGGAGCGGAGCAAGUGGGGACAGGUACAACUUCCAAAGCAUGUCCCCAGGGGCUCACUUCCUCAAAGCACCAGCUCUCAAUGUUUCUACCACCUUUCAAGCCAGCACCGCCCUCUUGGGGGCCCAGCGUCCAACACAUCUAGGAACAUUUCAUAGUUAAAUCAUAACAGCGACAGAAGCGGCCGAUGCAGUCCAAGCUGUGUCAAAGAAAUGGGAUGAGUAUUCACGGGAAAAAAAGAAACUGUGAUAAGAUAGGAAAAUUCUAUUAUAAAAAUGUCUAACUGUAAUAGUCAAACACAAGUCUACCUAAUUUUAUUUAUGUGUAGAAUAUUUGUAUUUAUUUUUAGACAUAUAUUUAUCACUGUGUGUGCCAUUAUUUUUUAAACCAAUUUGAGAAAAAUGCUAGCUGCCCGGUUAAUUUGUUGGCAGAGCUCCUGGUAUUUUCCUCUUUGCUGCUUUCUUCCUGUGGCAAUGUCCCGUCCUCACACUAAACCUUUUUAAAUAUGUUUUGCCCUUAGGAGCAAAGUCAAGAAGCAAACACAUUGCUCGAGUCAUAUUGGACUCAUUUGGUAAUGACAAAGAUAUUUUUUACCCCAUAGAAAUGGGUUUCCAGUGGCUGUUUACCCGUCUGUCUUUAGAGCCACAACCACUCACCUAAUUAACAGAUUUCUGUUUUAGAAUAAAUGAUUAACCAUUUUGGGGGUGACUCUCAGAGUGUUUUUGACCGGGAUAAAAUAGUGUUUUUGAGUGCCCAUAAAACCACUUAAUAAUCAUUAGUGGGCGAGCUUUAUUCAUUCACCAUCUGGUGAGCAGUCCCAUACGCCCCCAUCAUGAGAUUUCAAAGUAGUGAGUGCUUAACAUAAACCAUGGUGCCUUAGACAUUAUGCUUGUUUUUGACAGAGCAGAAAUGAAAUAUUUUGAUGGAAAGAAGUCAAUUUUCUGUAACCAAUGAUGUGAAAAUUUUAUUUCCUGGGAAAUUACUUAUCUAGCCAUUUUUUAAAAUGCAAGUAUAUUAUUAUGAUUGGUUACAGGAGAAUAAUGUUUCAUGUUUAAUUGUAAUAUUUCUCACCUAUCCUUUUCUUCCUUUUCAAUCAUAAUAAAUGAUUUGCAAGACCCGUCUUGAA